AUGAAAGGAAACAAGCCCUAUCUAGUUGUGAUUGUCAUACAAGCCAUAUACGCUGUCAUGUUUUUGCUCUCAAAAGCUGCAUUCAACCAUGGCAUGAACAAUUUCAUCUUUGUCUUCUACAGACAGGCAGUAGCAACCCUUUUUCUCAUCCCUUUCACACUCUUCUUUGAAUGGAAAGCUGCACCUCCUUUGCCUUUCGGGACAUUCUGCAAGAUUUUCUUCCUUUCAUUCUGUGGGAUUACUCUAAGCUUGGACAUAUAUGGUAUUGGUCUUGUUUACACCACUCCAACUUUGGCUGCUGCUACCACAAACUGCCUUCCAGUUAUCACUUUCUUCUUAGCUCUCCUACUCAGAAUUGAGAGUUUGAAAAUAAAGACACCCGCUGGGAUUGCUAAAUUGGUAGGUAUUGUGGCAUGCUUGGGUGGUGCAGCAACCCUUGCCUUUUAUAAAGGUCCAAAUUUCAAACUUCUAAGCCAUCAUCACCUUCUGGGAUACCAUAAAAGCCAACAACAACAAGGUCAUGCUUCAUCAUCUGGUACAUGGAUCAAGGGUUGCUUCUUACUGCUCCUGUCGAACACGUUUUGGGGGUUGUGGCUUGUGCUGCAGGCUUUUGUUAUAAAAGGUUACCCUUCAAAACUGCUCUUCACAACUCUUCAGUGUUUCUUAAGCUCAAUUCAGUCUUUGGUCGUUGCCUUGGCCAUAGAAAGGGACGUUGAGCAAUGGAAGUUGGGUUGGAAUGUCAGGCUCCUCGCUGUAGUAUACUGUGGAAUUAUGGUCACCGGGGUCACAUAUUACUUACAGACAUGGGUUAUAGAGAAGAAAGGACCUGUAUUUCUAGCCAUGUCAACGCCACUGGCUCUGAUUAUUACAAUCUUCUCCUCUGCAAUUGUCUUGGGCGAGAUAAUAAGUUUGGGAAGCCUUUUAGGUGGGUUCGUAUUGGUUCUAGGACUCUACAGCGUCCUGUGGGGAAAGAGUAGAGAACAAAUGUCGAAAGCUUCGCUAGACUUGGAGCAAGCAUCGGGUUAG